GACAGCGCGAGGACUACGAGUCCCGAGAGGCACUUGGGCACGGCCGGCUUUGUAUACUGGAGCGUGGAGGCGGCGCUGUGUUACAGCCGGAGAGGCCGCAGGAGAGUUUGUUCUGUGUCCCAGUUGGAAGGAUGACUUGCAAUGGGAAUCACGCCGCAGGAGCCACAGACCGGGAGCGCUUUGUGGCAUUUUUUCCCCAAAUCGUGAAGGAUCUGAUCGAGGAUGAGCUGCACCAGAAGGACGUAUCGGAGGCCGUGUCCCGCCUGAAAGAGGUGGUGGAAUACAAUGCUGUUGGCGGGAAGUACAACCGGGGCCUGACGGUGGUGUCUGCCUUCAGGGAACUGGCCGGGCCUGAACAGCAGGAUCCAAAGAGCUUUCAGCGCGCGAUGGUUGUGGGCUGGUGCAUUGAGCUGCUCCAGGCCUUUUUCUUGGUGGCUGACGACAUCAUGGACGACUCCCUGACACGACGGGGGCAACCUUGCUGGUAUAAAAAGGAAGGAGUUGGCUUGGCAGCAGUGAACGACUCCUUUUUGCUGGAGUCGAGCAUCUACCGGUUGCUGAAGCGACACUGCCGCAGUCAGCCGUAUUACCUGAACCUAUUGGAGCUGUUCCUUCAGACAACGUAUCAGACGGAACUGGGCCAAACUCUUGACCUCAUCAGCGCCCCUCCAAUAGAUCUGGACAGCUUCACAGAAGAGAGGUACAAGGCAAUUGUAAAAUACAAGACGGCGUUCUACUCCUUCUACCUCCCAGUGGCAGCUGCUAUGUACAUGGUUGGCAUCGAUAGUGAGGAAGAACAUUCCCAUGCCAGGACCAUCUUACUAGAGAUGGGGGAAUUCUUCCAGAUCCAGGACGAUUUCCUGGACUGCUUUGGUGACCCAGCUGUAACGGGGAAGGUUGGGACAGACAUCGAGGACAACAAGUGCAGUUGGCUGGUGGUGCAGUGCUUGAAGCGAGUCUCGGCAGAACAGAAGCAGGUUCUCGAGGCCAAUUAUGGACAGAAAGACCCAGAGAAGGUGGAACGGGUCAAACAGCUCUAUGAGGAGUUGGACCUGAAAACGGUGUACCAGAACUACGAGGAGAGCAGCUACCAGCGCUUGUUGGGCCUCAUUUCCCAGCACGCCAUCCGCCUGCCCGGCCAGAUCUUCCUUGGCCUUGCCCAAUUGAUCUACAAGAGGCAGAAAUGACCGGCUGGCCAUCGGAAAGAAAGCCGGUCCGUAGUUGUCUGUGUGGUUUUGUUUUCUGCAGGACUUUAGUUGCCAGUUAACGGGCGUCUUUGGAUAUUUCGGGCUCGUGAAAAAGGGGCUGGUGGAAGCUGAGCAAUGGCCCAAAACGGUUCUCGGGAUGCAGCUCUUGCUUUCUUUCAGGUUGCUUCCUGGUUCAAUCUGUGUGAGUUUUCGAAAAGUAUUUUGCACCACAAAGGUUUAAAGAGCCUGUUUCGCUCCCAUAACUUUCCCAAGGCCAAGUAACCUGGAAAUAACUCCUUGGGCUUGGCAUGUUACAUACUCCUAGCGUUCUUUAAGAAUUCACAAUUCAAACCAUAUUAUUAUUAUUAUUAUUAUUAUUAUUAUUAUUAUUAUUAUUAUUUACUGUACUUAUACCCCUUUCACUGUUGCAUUCAUGCUGAUGAUUAUGAUGAUUGAAUAAUUUGAUAUUUGCCAUCAGGUUCCUUUGGGUUUGCCUUCUUGCCAUUCACAUCCUUUCAAAAUAUUUUUUAAACCUCACCCAAGGAGAACGACUUAUAAUAAUAAUAAUAAUAAUAAUAGUAAUAAUAAUAAUACUUUAUUUAUAUUCGACUUUUCUCUUAGAGUUUAGAAAAGAAACAAAUAACUACAACUAACAGUUAAUGUGUUGUCGAAGGCUUUGAUGGCCGGAAUCACUGGGUUGCUGUGAGUUUUCCGGGAUGUAUAGCCAUGUUCCGGAAGCAUUCUCUCCUGACAUUUCACCCACAUCUGUGAGGUCUGUUGGAAACUAGGCAAGUGAGGUUUAUAUAUCUGUGGAAUAAUGUCCAGAGUGGGAGAAAGAACUCUUGUCUGUCUGAGACAAGUGGGAAUGUUGCAAUUGGCCAUCUGGAUUAGCAUUUAAUGGCUUUGCAGCUUCAAAGCCUGGCUGGUUUAUUUAUUUACUGUAUUUAUAUACCACUUCUGGGGGGACUCAAGGCAGAUUACAACAUACUAAUGGCAAAGAUUAAGUGCCGACAUACAGUACAUACAAAAAGCAUAACUAAUUACUACAUAUGAACAUAGUUACAAGUUCAUAGUACAUAUAACUAUGAACUUAAAAUGUAUUAAAAACCAUUAAACAUAAGACAUACAUAAAGUUUAAACAUUCAGACAAGCAUAAAAUUAUAAAUUAUCCUAGUAUAAACAUUAAAAUCUCAUAAUCCAGAAAUUGAAUACCAUAGCCAUUCCAAAUUGUAAUUGCACAUGUUGCUGCCUGGGGGAAUCCUUUGUUGGGAAGUGUUAGCUAAACUCUAAAAUCAGGACAGUAAAUGAAGAGCAACACAGGGGAACUCUAGUCAAGAAUCAAUCAGGGCUAGCUAACACCUCCCAGCAAAGGAUUCCCCCAGACAACAACCAGCUACAAAGCCUGGUUGCUUCCUGCUUGGGGGAAUCCUUUGUUGGGAGGUGUUAGCUAAACUCUAAAAUCAGGACAGUAAAUAAAGAGCAACACAGGGGAACUCUAGACAAGAAUCAAUCAGGGCUAGCUAAUGCCUCCCAGCAAAGGAUUCCCCCAGGCAACAGCCAGCUAAAAAGCCUGGUUGCUUUCUGCUUGGGGGAAUCCUUUGUUGGGAGGUGUUAGCUAAACUCUAAAAUCAGGAGAGUAAAUAAAGAGCAACACUCAGAAAUCAGGGGAAUUCCACACAGGAAACAAUCAGAGAUGGUCCAGGGUGGGAGAAAGGACUCUUGUCUGUGUGAAUGUUGUAAUGGACCACCCUUAGCACUUAAUAGCCUUGUAGCUUCAAAGCCUGGCUAGUUGCUGCCUGGGGGAAUCCUUUGUUGGGAGGUGUUAGCUAAACUCUAAAAUCAGGACAGUAAAUAAAUAGCAACACAGGGGGACUCUAGACAAGAAUCAAUCAGUGCCAGCUAACAUAUCCCAGCAAAGGAUUCCCCCAGACAACAACCAGCUACAAAGUCUGGGGGAAUCCUUUGUUGGGAGCUGUUGGCUGGCCCUGAUUGAUUCUUGUCUGGAAUUAAAUGCUUCUCAAGGUGGCCAAUUGCAACACUCACAAGAGUUCUUUCUCCCACUCUAGACAUCCCACAGAUAAUAUAAACCCCACUUGCCUAGUUUCCAACAGAGACCUCUCAAUCUAUGAGAAUGCCGGCCAUAGAUGUUGGUGAAAUGUCAGGAGAGAAUGCUUCUGGAGCACGGCCAGACAGCCUGGAAAACUCACAGCAACCCAACUAACAGUUAGUUAGAGGAGUCUAUGAGUUGCAGUCCAAAACCAUAACUUUCCCAAGUCCUGUUUUUCUGCAUUGUAAAUGGAGAGUAUUUUAGUAGUACUAUGAUGAGAAGUGCAUCUCUGUUAGGGGAUUCGUGCCUUCUCUCAUUCACGCACAAUACAUCUUAGGAAAAGAACGAGUUUGGUAGAGUUUCUCUUCUUUUUUGUCCGAUGCAAACGGAAGAAGCUGGCGGACCUCCAGAAAUCAAUAUGGUUGUGCCAACCUACCUCACCCCCAUCUUUCACAGGUUUAAGUGGGAAUGUGUAUGUAAGGUGAAACCAUGGCAUGUCUCGGGUCUGUAUGUCUCUGGUAAGCCAUGCGCCACAACUGAAUGUAUUCGGAAUAGAAGAAGCAGGAGCAAUAAAUUAUUUCAAAACCA